CCCGUCCCCGGGCUCUGCCGGGCGCUUAAAGCCUCCCCGGGGCGGGCGGCCCGCUCGGACCCCGCCAUGGGCUCCCUGGGGCGCUGCCUGGCCCGGAGCCUGCGGGGGCAGCCGGGGCUGAGCUGCCCCCCCGGGCCCCGCUGCUUCGGCUCCGCCCCCCCGGAGCUGCAGGAGAAGACGCUGGUGCUGGUGAAGCCGGAUGCAGUGCAGCGGCGGCUGGUAGGGAACGUUAUCCAGCGCUUUGAGCAUCGUGGCUUCAAGCUGGUGGCCAUGAAGCUGCUCCAGGCGGACCAAGGUCUCCUGGACAAACACUACCAGCAGCUCCGGCAGAAGCCCUUCUACCCUGCGCUCCUCGCCUACAUGACCUCGGGGCCACUGGUGGCCAUGGUGUGGGAGGGCUACAACGUGGUGAAGUCCACACGGGCCAUGGUGGGGGACACGAACUCGGCGGUGGCAGCAGCGGGGACCAUCCGGGGGGACUUCAGCAUGCAUGUCAGCAGGAACGUGGUCCACGCCAGCGACUCAGUGGAGACGGCCCAGCGAGAGAUUGGCUUCUGGUUCCAGCGGAACGAACUGGUGGCCUGGGAGAGUGGAGACCGGGACUACACCUACGGACCCUAAGGAGCAACCCCCAGCCCCAAUAAAACCCAGCGCCACCAGCAACGUCACUGGGCUCCUCCCCUGGAUGUCACCCGCAAGCACUGGGAGGCACUGGGGUGUUCCCAGGGGGCACUGGGGUGGGACUGGGAGGCACUGGGAUGGCCCCAGGGGAUGAUGGGAUGAUACUGGGAAGUUUAGGGAGACAUUGGGAAGCUCUGGGAGGCACUGAGAUGACCUCGAAGAACACUGGAGCAGUAGUGGGAAGCUCAGGGAGACACUGGGGUGGCACUGGGAAAAAAUGGGAGACACUGGGAAGGUCUAGGAGAUACUGGAAUAUGCCU